AUGGGUAUCGAUCUUAAGGCUGGUGGGCGCGUGAGGAAGCCCGGUCGUCAGACCAUCAAGACUGAGAACCCCUACAUCCGCCUGCUCUGCAAGCUCUACUCCUUCUUGGCUCGUCGUACGGAGUCUAGCUUCAAUGCUACUAUCUUGAAGCGUCUCCAGACCUCUAGAAGGAACCGUCCUACUCUCUCCCUCUCCAA